UCAUACUUCAGCAGGGGGAGUGAAGAAGAUCGAUCAUGUCGAGAAAGGGCGCCCUGACAGCCUCCAACUCCGGCCGGUUUCCGGCCGUCGUGGCGCCGAAGCCGCCGGCCGUUCCGGGGAAUUUGGCCGCUUCGUCGAGCAACGGUCUCUUUACGGCCAUUGAAGUCAAUGGUGGCGGUGAUGCGAAGAUCCGCGCUUGGGUGGAGUCGAUGAGAGCUUCUUCUCCCACUCAGAAAACCACUCCUCUCCCCGGCGAUCACCGUGCUUGGAUGACGCAACAUCCGUCUGCUCUAGACAUGUUCGAGCAGAUAACAAAGGUUUCAAAGGGAAAGAAAAUCGUGAUGUUUCUCGACUACGACGGAACCCUAUCUCCGAUCGUCGACAAUCCUGAUGCCGCUUACAUGUCCGACGCGAUGAGAGCAACGGUGAGAAAUCUUGCCUCAUAUUUCCCUACCGCUAUAGUCACUGGACGGUGCAUAGACAAGGUGUUUAGCUUUGUACAAUUAGCAGAGUUGUACUAUGCAGGAAGUCAUGGGAUGGACAUUAAAGGACCAGAAUCCAAAAAGGACAGGGAAAACAUUGUUUUCCAGCCUGCCAAAGAGUUUCUUCCCAUGAUUGAAGAGGUUUACAAGAUUUUGGUGGUCAAAACCAGUUCAACUCCCGGUGUUCUAGUGGAGAACAAUAAGUUUUGUGUCUCUGUCCAUUUUAGAUGUGUGGACGACAAGAAAUGGGAAAAGUUAGCGAAACGCGUAGCAAGUGUAUUGGAAGAAUAUCCCAAGCUCCGACUAACACAUGGUAGGAAAGUGUUGGAGGUUCGCCCCGCCAUUGCAUGGGACAAAGGCAAAGCUCUCAACUUCUUGCUUCAAUCCUUGGGAUAUGCUAAUUCCAACACGGUUUGUCCUGUGUACAUCGGAGAUGACAAGACUGACGAAGAUGCUUUCAAGGUGCUCAAAGAAAGUGGAAAAGGUUUUGGCAUUGUUGUCUCUAAAGUUCCAAGAGAUACCCAUGCAACUUAUUCACUACAAGAACCAUCAGAGGUUAUGCACUUUCUUCACCGUUUAGUAGAAUGGAAAAGACAGACGCAUAAAGGCUCACAAGAAAUUAGGAGAAGAUAAAAGCAAGGAUAAAUGUUUAUGAUGGAGCAAGACAUUAGUAAUGU